UGUGAGGAGCACACAGGACCACAUGAUAAAGGACUAUUCUUAAGGAAGUUCAUUUUUUUUGCUGUUUUUUUUCUUUCAGGCUGUAAAUUAGAGAAUCUUUUUACAACUCUACAAGCAUUCCUGACAGAAGGUCUACAGAUUCCUGGUGGACUUCUGACAGCUGGUUAGACAUCAGGACAGCAGUGCCGUUGCUUUGCCAUGAGAUACAGCUUGUCCUGAAGGUACUGUGUCUCCAUGCAACGCUAUCCUCACCCCAUUCUACCGAUGGACCCUCAGGUGUGUCCUCCUCCACUGAGCAGCAGCCAAUCGCUCAUCAGUGGUCUGGACAAAUCCCCGGUCACGUUCAAACCCAGCCACUCGCGGAGCAGCAGCACUGGCUCCUCCAAGAACUCCAAACAGUCUCGCCACUGGGAGGUGAUGGAUGAUUUGCAGAAUCUGGACAUGUGUUCGGUUCCUGGUUCCACUCUGGACCUGAGCAUCCCAGGAAUCUGUGAGGGAUACCUGAUGAAGAGGAGGAAGUACCCGCUGAACGGCUGGCACAAGAGAUAUUUCAUGUUGGAGAAAGGAAUCCUCAAGUACUCAAAGGCACCUCAAGAUAUUCAGAGAGGGAAGCUCCACGGCUCCAUGGACGUCAGUCUGGCCGUGAUGUCUGUGAACAAGAAGUCCAAACGCAUCGACCUGGACGCUGGAGACAACCUGUACCACCUCAAGGCAAAGAGCCAUGACAUCUUCUACAUCUGGUUGACCAAACUGUGCGCCCAUCGUGUGUUCAGGAAGAACGAGGCGAUGACGGUCCAGCGAGGCGUCUUUCAUGCUCUGUCCAUGGGCCAGAACACCCUGCCGGCUAUGAACACUCUGGGACAGCAGCACAGAACGAUGCCUCCCUACUACGCCAGCUCUACUUCAGUCUACCUUCCAGAGAUGACCAGCCCUGCCCCGGCUGUGGCUUCUCACCCAGAGGUCACCAACAAGGUGUCUGCAUGGCUGCAGCAGACCCACGACAUCGAUGCCACCUCCAACGAUCUGGCUCGCUGUCAGGCAGAGCUGACAGAACUGGCUCACCUCAUCCAGAGGCUGCACUGGCUGGAAGGAGGGAUGCCCAUCACAGACACAGACCUGGAGAUGAGGAUCAGCAUGCAGAAUCUCUCUCUGGAAAAACCUAAGAAAAGGACAGGGAGGUUGGUGGGCCACUCCAGGACUCUGUCCCGCGUUGAAGCCAUGGGAGGAAUGUUCACCUCCAGCCACCUGAGCACUAACUCCAGCUCUGGUUUGGGAGCGUCUGUUCAGUCCAUUCCUGACUACGUCUACUCCCAGCUCUCCAACCCUCAUGGAACCUCACCUGAGGCCAAGAAGCUCCACCAGGACAUCUGCACGGUUUCUCAACGGGUUCAUGCUUCUCUCAAGUCCAUCCAUGAGGUUCUGACCUCAGAUAGAGAGAGACUGAAGCAGGCCUGGACGAACCCAGAGCUCAGACAGAACACCUCCCAGCAGCUGGCUGCCCUCUGCACACUGUCCCAGAGGACGCCGUCCAUGGGCCGCCACAGCCACCGUGCUCCCUCAGUGGCUGACUCCAUGGCCGAGUAUUUUGAUGCCAGUGAGGUGAUCGUGUGCGAGACGUCCUCAGAGGCCGAGGCUUCAGAUGAAUCAGGCCUGAGUGACAUCACCACCACCAGCAACUCAGAGCCUGAGGAGGGCCACUCCACUGCCACCCUGAACUACAGAGCCAGUGUUAACAGCGCACCGGACCAGCCCAGUCCUGUUCCCACAGACACCGGCCGUCGGACCGUCAUUCCUGCCCCUGGAGCAGACAACAGCCACAUAGGCAUCAUGACCAUUCUCUACAACAACAUCGGAAAGGACUUGUCCAGAGUCUCGAUGCCGGUGGCUCUCAAUGAGCCGGUGUGUUUGCUGCAGAGAGUCAGUGAAGAGCUGGAAUACAGCGAGCUGCUGGACAUCGCCAACCACAUCGACGAUCCGUACGAGAGGAUGGUUUAUGUGGCAGCGUUUUCCAUCUCUGGUUAUGCCUGGGCGUCCUGGAGGUAUCGCUACAAACCCUUCAACCCUGUCCUGGGAGAAACGUACGAGAGUUACAGAGAAGACAGAGGCUUCCAGUACAUCAGUGAGCAGGUCAGCCAUCAUCCACCCAUCUCUGCCUGCCACGCUGAGUCAGAAAACUUCACUUUCUGGCAAGAUCAGAGAUGGAAAAACAAGUUCUGGGGGAAGUCAGUUGAGAUUAUCUCUAGUGGACAGGUCAAUGUGUCCCUCCCAAAUUACGGGGAUCACUAUGAAUGGAACAAGGCGGUGACCUGCAUCCACAACGUGCUGAGUCAGCAGCGCUGGUUGGAGCACUACGGCGAGGUCGUCAUCAGAAACACCAAGAGCGACGUCUGCACCUGCAAGAUCACUUUUGUGAAGUCUCGCUACUGGAGUUCAGACAACAGUAAGAACGAGGUGCAGGGUGUGGUUCUGGACAGGGCUGGAGAGGUGGUCCAUCGUUUUGGAGGUCUGUGGCAUGAGGGCAUCUUCUGCGACACUCUGCCGACACCAAAGUGCAUCUGGAAGCCCAAUGUGCAGCCUGAUGACCACGCAGACUUCUACGGUUUCUCACGCUACGCCAGAGAACUGAAUGAACUGACCCCAGAUCUGAAGGACGUCCUUCCUCCGACAGACACGCGCUUCAGACCUGACCAGAGACUCUUGGAGGAGGGAAAAGUGACAGAGGCAGAUAAGAGGAAGGACGAGGUGGAGGAGAAGCAGAGAGAGAGGAGGAAGGAGCUGGCCAAGAGAGGGGAGGAGCAUAUCCCCAGGUUCUUCAGGAAAGCUCUGGACGAGGCUGGCAGAGAGGUGUGGUUGUACAAUGGAACCUACUGGAAGCUUCGUAAAGACCCAGGCUUUGCCAACACUGAUAACCUGGACCUGUGGUAAAACACUCCACCAGGCUGGACAGACUCAGUCACAGGCUGAGCACUCGGUAUCAUGAUGACGAGGAAUAAUGAACUCCCCUUUUAAUACUAAUGACCAGUGGUACCCAUCGUAGUUAGAUAACUUCAGAUAUACUGUAGAGACUGGACAGCAGAGACCUGAAAGCGUGCUGCCGGGUUGUAGAGCAGAAGGGCUUUUAGAAGCAUAGAUGAUCCUCUCCUGGUGUUUUGGUGCCAUGGAGAGGUGAGGUGCCACUAUGGAACAAAUGAAGACUGAUUUAGACGAAGCCGGAUGUCUUCCUGCCCUUCGCCUUCCUCCACCCAUAAUGGAAACCUUUAAUAUCAUCAUUCAUGAUUCAAAAGCACACCUUGAAGUCCAUUUUUAAAUCACUGGUUACCGCCCUGUAGAAAAUUGUGGGUACAAAUCUUCAGGUUUUUCUGUCACAGCUGAGGCCUGUGUCUGUAUGUAAAUGUGUUCCAUGCCUGUGGGAUGAAUGCCACAUUAUCUGUAGUGGUUUUGCUAGUUUUAACAUGUCUGUUAGUAUUUUUAGUCAGGAUCGUUGCUGACUGUCAUGACAGCUCUGAGUUUUUUGUAGUCAGAAGUGUUCUUCCUGUAGAGGCUGGUUCUGGUUCUGGUGGGGUGUAUUCCAGGUGAACUCCUCUGUCCUGCUUCCUUUCUCAGUGGGUCUUAUUGUAUAAACUCUGUAAAAUUGGUUUGCAUUUUAUUUUUCCAUGUUUUGUUGUGGCACAUUGGUGACACCGUUCAUCUGAAGUGUCUGUACGCCGGAGACACUGAGCUGGACUUAUUCAGCCUCUCUCGCCUGUAGGACUGGUCCAGGAGGAGCUGGAAGACCAGGUCUCUGACAUUUAUGCUCUCAGUUGAUGCAAUGAAGUAUUUUUAUUGAUGUUUCAACAACUGGAUUUUAGUAAGGAAAAGAGACAACUGUUAAACCCCUGUAAAAGUUUUUUUUUUCCCUUUAAAUUGUUGUGUUUCAAAUAAAAGGUUCCAUAGUCA